AUGGCGCUCACACGCCGGCCUCCAAAGGAGGGACCCGACACUCUGCAGACGAGCAUCCCCCCAGCCCCGGAGUCAUUCCCUGCCGGGAAAUUGCUGCCAAUUUCACCAACAUGGCCUUUCUCAGAAGUCAAAUUUUCCUCCGCGGCGGAUGGCAUCAAGGCUGUGCUGGGACAGGACCCUGACGGCACCACUUCUGCUGCCAAGGCCAUCAGGUCUCAGGAUCUCAAAGACGCGACUGGACAUCCAGAGACCUCAGAAAGCCUGGGCAUGCAGGGCCCAGGCCUCGACGCCAACACCGGCCAGCCCACACAACAGUCAGGCAUGACCGUGGUGGGAAACCAUAUAGGCCUCUGGGUCACGGGCAGUGACCACCGUUCCAGAGACUUCGUGGCAACAGAGGCAGAGCGCUCCCCAUCCACGAGGCCACGGGCUUCUCGGUGCCCCAAGAAAUGGACAGUGGACGUCUCAGUGUCCUCCACGGUGGAGCCAACCACCACCGCGGCCACCAUGCUUCUCCUGCAGAAAUCGAGUCCCGCUGCCCUGUCUGCGGCCCUGGUUGCUAAGGGUACCCGCGGCAACCCCGUGGCCACGGCCUCAGGAUCAGCCAAAAGCACCUCAGCUGCCACUCUCGCCAAAAAUGUCACCAACAGGGUGGCAUCUGGCCUGCAGGCAACCCCGGGGGCGGUCCACACAGCCUUCCCGCUCACGCCGGCCUACAUGUUUGCGAGGACAGCGCAUGCCCUGAGCACACACACAGCCAUGCAGGCUGACGCGGGCACCGCCCCUGGCCCGCUGUCUGCCACGGCCACCCCCAGGAAGCCACCAGCCAUGCACACCAGCCUCACCAGCCCCACCAGCCCGGAGGCACCCAGAACCUCCACGCUGCGCCCGCUGUCAGGCACGGCAGCGUUGACGUCCAUCACGGCCUCUGCGAGGUCCACCCGCUGGCCCCCGGUGCGGGCGGAAAACACAGAUACCGCUCUUUCAGCUGCAGUGGUCACGACUGGCAAGGUGGCGUCCGCCCUGGAGUGUCAGAUGUCCAGUAAGCUCCUGGUGAAGACGGUUCUCUUUCUGACCCAGAGGAGAGUGCAGACCAGCGAGUCCCUGAAACUCAGCGUGGCCAGAGGGCUCACCCAGGCGCUGCGGAAGGCCUUCCACCAGCAUGACGUCUCUGCCCACGUGGACGUUCUGGAACACGCUCAGAACAUCACGGUUGGUUAUUAUGUGACCCGAGGGCGACUGGUAUAUUUGCCCACUGUGGUGGUUGAAGUGCUGGGUGUUUACGGCGUCAGCAACGUCACUGCAGACCUCAAGCAGCAUGCCCCGAGCUUACAGUCUGUGGCCGUCCUGGCUGCCCCGUGGACUCCCCAACCUGCAAGCAACUUCCAGCUGAAAACAGUGCUGCAGUUUGUGAGUCAGUCGGACAACAUCCGGUCCUGCAGGUUCGCACAGGCCAUGGAACAGAGGUUGCAGAAGGCCUUCCAGGAUGCUGAGGGCAAAGUCCUGAAUACCAAAAGCAAUUUGACCGUCCAGGUGGUGAGCACGUCCAAUGUGUCGCAGGCGGUCACCCUAGUGUACGUCGUGGGCAACCAGAGCGCCCUCCUCAAUGGCACGGUGGCCAGCAGCCUCCUGGGCCAGCUCUCGGCCCAGCUGGUGGGCUUCCACCUGAGCUUCCCACCGCUCACCAUCGCCGAACCCCUGGAAUACCCCAACCUCGACAUCUCAGAGACCACCAGAGACUACUGGGUCAUUACAGUGCUGCAGGGUGUGGACAGCUCGCUGGUGGGCACGCGCAACCAGAGCUUUGCGCGGGUCAUGGAGCAGCGCCUGGCCCGGCUCUUUGUGAUGUCCCAGCAGCAGGGCCGGCGGUUCCGACGCGCCACCACCCUUGGGAGCUAUACCGUGCAGAUGGUGAAGAUGCAGCGUGUGCCCGGCCCCAAGGACCCAGUGGAGCUGACCUACUACACCCUGUACAACGGGAAGCCUCUGCUGGGCACCGCCGCGGCCAAGAUCCUGAGCACCAUCGACUCCCAGAGGAUGGCCCUGACCCUACACCAUGUCGUCCUGCUGCAAGCUGACCCCGUGGUGAAGAACCCACCCAACAACCUGUGGAUCAUUGCAGCGGUGCUGGCGCCCAUCGCCGUGGUCACGGUCAUUAUCAUCAUCAUCACGGCUGUGCUGUGCAGGAAGAACAAGAACGACUUCAAACCGGACACCAUGAUCAACCUGCCCCAGAGAGCCAAGCCCGUGCAAGGCUUCGACUACGCCAAGCAGCACCUGGGACAGCAGGGUGCGGACGAGGAGGUCAUCCCCAUGACCCAGGAGACGGUGGUGCUCCCACUGCCCAUGAGGGACGCCCCCCCAGACAGGGACAUGGCGCACGACGGGAGCACCAUCAAGACAGCCAGGUCCACUGAUACCAGGAAGAGCAGGUCGUCCAGUGAGAACGGCUCUGUCCUCAGCAACGAAUCAGGGAAGCCCAGCCCUGGGCGACGCUCCCCCCAGAAUGUCAUGGCACAGCCGAAGGGGACCAAGGAGGAGGCCAGGAAGAGAAAUGUGCCCACCAGCGAUGAGGAAGAGGGAGUGGUUCUCUUCGACAGCUCAGGCAAGGUGGCCGCAGAGCCCGUGGACACGUCUUCCGGGUCGGUGCACCUCAUCGCCAUCAAGCCCACAGCCCUGCCCAUGGUGCCCCCCACCUCGGACAGGAACCAGGAGUCCUCGGCGGUCCUUAACGGAGAGGUGAGCAAGGCGCUGAAGCAGAAGUCGGACAUCGAGCACUACCGGAACAAGCUGCGUCUCAAGGCCAAGCGGAAGGGCUACUACGACGUCGCCCCGGGGGAGCCCGGCAAGGGCCUGGUCGAGAGGAGGAAGGCGGACGACAGGGUCCCCCGGGAGCUCGAGCACGUGCCAGGUCCAGACCCCGAGCUGUGCGCGCCUUUCGCUGAGCCCAGGAGCAGGCAACAGAUGAAGAACUCCGUCUACCGGAGCCGACAGUCCCUGAACAGCCCGAGUCCAGGGGAGACCGAGAUGGACCUGCUGGUGACUCGCGAGAGGCCACGGCGUGGCAUCCGGAACAGUGGCUACGAUACCGAGCCCGAGAUCAUUGAGGAAACCAACGUGGACCGAGUCCACGAGGCCCGGGGCUACGGCCGGUCCCGGCAGGCGAAGGGCCACUCAGAGACGUCCACGCUGAGCUCCCAGCCGUCCAUCGACGAGGUCCGACAGCAGAUGCACCUGCUGCUGGAAGAGGCCUUCAGCCUGGCGUCCGCAGGCCAUGCAGGCCACGCGGGCCAGAGCCGCCACCAGGAGACCCACGGCUCGGCCCAGCACCCGCCCUACUCGGAGGUGGUGACCAGCGCCCCGGGGACCAUGACACGGCCUCGGGCAGGGGUGCAGUGGGUGCCGACCUACCGCCCGGACGUAUACCAGUACAGCCUGCCCCGGCCGGCCUACCGGUUCUCACAGCUGCCUGAGAUGGUCAUGGGCUCGCCCCCGCCGCCCGUGCCUCCCCGGACCGGCCCUGUAGCUGUGGCGUCUCUCAGGCGGUCCACCUCAGACAUCGGCAGCAAGAGCAGAGGGGCGGAGUCCGCGGGGCCCGAGCCCGCCCAGCUGCACGACGGCGCCCCCUUCGCACAGGUGUCCCGAGGCCCCGUGUCCAUGGCGCAGCUGGACCAGUCGGCCUUGAAUUACUCAGGUAACACGGUGCCGGCUGUGUUCGCCAUCCCAGCGGCCAGCAGACCUGGCUUCACCGGCUACUUCAUCCCGACGCCACCUUCCUACCGGAGCCAGGCCUGGGUGUCCUAUGCGGGGGAGAGCGAGCUCCCCAGCCAGUGGGCCGACUCGGUUCCCCUCCCGGGGUACAUCGAGGCCUACCCCCGCUCACGGUACCCACCCAGCUCGCCGUCCAGGCUUCCCCGCCAGUACAGCCAGCCGACCGGCCUCCACCCCAGCCUUGAGCAGGCCCCGGCGCCCUCCGUGGCGGGCUCGCAGCAGAGCCUGGCGGAGCCCGACCCUCCCGACGCGCCCCUGACCAACAUCUCCACCGCGGCGCUCGUGAAGGCCAUCCGGGAGGAGGUGGCCAAGCUGGCCAAGAAGCAGACGGACAUGUUCGAGUUCCAGGUCUAGCCCGCGGGGCCCCGGGCUUCCAGGCUCCAGGCACGUGGCCCGCGGGCUUCUCUGUCGGGGUGGUGGCACCCGCGUCCUGGACGGUGAACGCCUUCCCACCCUCGGCUUUGGACACAGUGACCCGUGGGGCUUCUGGGAAACAGGAAGCACCCGAGCACUGGAUUCUUGAACUAACCCCCGGGUUGUGCGUUGGAAGUCCCCACGUGGGCCUUGGGUCUGCUGUCCUGCUGGGUUGACUGAACGGUGGGUGUGUCCCUGUGGAGCCUUGGUUGCGAAGGGCACCACCAGCUCCAGACCCUGUCCCACACCACGUUUUCGUAAACACCGGGGGGCAGAGGAUGUGGCUCCCACCUCCGGUGACCUCUGCAUGUUAGUUCUGUUUCCGUGUCAGGGGCCGUGCAGGCGUGUGGGUGCAGCGCCCAACUGUCCCGCGUGUCCUCCGGCCAUGGCUGUCGCCACUAAACCCUCUCUUGUCUGAGGGAGACGCUGACUGCAGCCGAGGACCUUGAGCCCCUUCCUGCUAAAGGCUCACGUCCAGAGUCAAUUGAGUCGGAUGGCAGUCGGGCCGAGGCUGUGCCUGUAAAUAGUCCUGCCUCCCACUGGUGUCCCCACUAGUUAAACAGAGGCCGAGAGAGGGGAAGGAAGGGCCGGGGGAUUUCUACCAACAGCGUUUUUAAAAGGUGUCGCCGCUUUGGAAACCGAGUCCCCUGUGAGUGAUGCUCUCGCUGAGGGGAGUUUGUGCUGAGAGUUUUUGGGACCCUGCAGAAGAAACACAGUCAUUUGUGGAGGCUUUUGUCUGCCCUGCUUGGAGGGUGGCUUGAGGACAGAGCUCUCUCUUUGGGGUCGUCGAUGCAUGGACUUUUAAAGGAAAACUUCGGUCUCUCCAGCCGUGAGGUCCAGCGCCCACGCUGCAAAGGAAGCAGUGACCCAUCCCUGCUGGAAAUGGGCGGCAAACCCAUGAUCUCCCCAGGCUGCAGCCUCUGUGUACAGAAGCUUCUGGAUGCAGAAAAUCUGAACCACAUUUGUGUAAAUAACCCAUAAGUAGUGUGUGGAGAUGGCCAGGUCCCCGCAGUGAACGGAUGCUGAAAUGGCAAGUGGCCACGGUGGCCAAGAGGUCGCAAGCCGCCCCUCUGGCAUGGCGAGUCGGCCCCAAGAGCGCCAGCCAGCGGACCCUGCAGUCCGAGCACCGCUGCCAACCACCGUCCAUGUCGGCGGAACGGCCACUGAGUGUGUUGUGGGAGCGGGUCGCCGGGUUCCUCCCCUGCUGUGGGGGGCUGCUCCGGUGUCCUGGGGGUCAGAGCCCAUCUGCCACGGGUCACCAGCUUCACACGUCCAUCCUUCUGAGCACAUCUUAUGUUGUCUCCACAAGUUUCUUUGGUCUUUGCUGGAAGAAAAAGGCAGACACGUGAUUGUGGAGAGAAGAUGAGAAAUGGACUGAUCAGAUUCAACCCGUCCAAGCACAGACUUUUCAAAGAAGCCGUUGUUCCUUCUCGGUGGCAAAUUGGCCCUUCUGGAAUGUUCCGAGAGGAACCUGCAAGCAAGCUCCUUAGGUGGUGUCCUCUUGGUGUGCUGGUUGCUCUUCCAUAGCAUUCGCUUUUUGUUACUUAAAAAGAAAACAGCUAUAAAUAAAAUGUAUUUUUGUAA